CUUAACCGGUUCUCCCUAAAUGCCCCUGUAAUUUUUUGUUAUUUUAAAUUACAAUAUAUAUUAAAUAUGUGAAAUGAUUCUUAUCGGUCAAAUGCAUUCCUAUUACAUUUAAAUGGUUAAGAUUGCUUGCAGUACCAGUCAAGCAGAAGAAGGUAUGUCCUAUGUAAAUAUACACGUGGAAGGUGUGAACUGAAAAAAUUAACAUCAAAGUCAACCAGAAGAAGCUUUGCCGCCAAAACACAAUUCGGAAGGAGAGAUGUCCAAACGACUUAAACCGUCGAAAUCAACACCUCGUUUGUCAUCACUUUCCUUCGAAAAGCUUCUCAAAUCUCAGAUAAACCUCUCCAGACCCUCUCCACGGCUCUGGAUCGACCGAGAUGAAGAACUGAAUGACCAAGGAUUGCCCAUUUUAAAGCUCACCCAUCCUCUUCUCCGAGCUUUGGACUCUUGCAAUGGUUUCAGAGAGUUCAACCAGGUUCAGACCCAGCUCAUUGUCUCUGGUCUUCUUCAAAAUUCUCUUGCCGCGAGCCGAGCUAUUAAGAAGCUUUGCUCUGCUCCCCAGACUGUACCUCGUGCCAUUAACGUGUUUGAUUGCAUUGAGGAACCCGACGCUUUUCUCUGCAACACCAUUAUGAGAAGCUAUGUCAAUUCGAAUGACCCAAAUUCUGCUAUCAGCUUCUACUACAAGAAAAUGGUGGGGAAGUGUGUUGUUCCCAAUCACUAUACUUUUCCUAUAUUGGUGAAGGCUUGCGCAGGAAUUGGGUCUGUGAGAGAAGGGGAAAAAGCUCAUUCCCGGAUUCUGAAAUUUGGGCUUGAAUCGGAUUUGUUUGUUCGCAACUCGUUGAUUCAUGUGUACUCUUUUUAUGGUAGAGUUGGGGAUGCUCGUGUGAUGUUUGAUGAAGGGCCUGAGUUAGAUUUGGUAAGCUGGAAUUCCAUGAUUUAUGGCUAUGUGAAGAACGGUCGUCUCAGUGUUGCACGUAAUCUGUUUGAUGUAAUGCCUGAACGAGAUGUUUUUAGUUGGAAUUCUAUGAUUGGGGGUUAUGUGGAAAUGGGAGAUGUUGAAGCUGCAAGACAGUUGAUUGACAUUAUGCCAGAUAAAGAUGUCGUUUCUUGGAACUGUAUGAUUGAUGGGUAUGCAAGGAUGAGGAAUGUUCCUGCUGCUUUUGACAUUUUCAGACGGAUGCCUUUGCAGAACAUAGUUUCCUGGAAUAUAAUCUUGGCUCUAUAUGUUCGCAGUAAGGAUUAUAAUGAGUGCUUGAGAUUGUUUGAUAAUAUGAUAGAAGUAGGAGAGGCAAAACCAAAUGGAGCUACUCUAAUGAGUGUCCUUACCGCCUCUGCAAACUUGGGAAGACUUGAUAAAGGAAAGUGGGUUCAUUCAUAUAUUGAAUGUAACAGGAUUAAGCCAGAUGUGUUACUUUCUACUGCACUGUUGACGAUGUAUGCAAAAUGUGGGGAUAUGGACAUGGCUAGGAAAGUCUUUGAUUUGAUGCAUGAGAGGGGUGUUGUGUCCUGGAAUUCCAUGAUCAUGGGGUAUGGUAUGCAUGGAAAUGGAAAAAAAGCCGCAGAAAUAUUUUUAGAGAUGGAAAAGAAAGGCCAUUUGCCAAAUGAUGCAACUUUUAUUUGUAUUUUGUCUGCAUGUACACACUCGGGAAUGGUUUUGGAAGGUUGGUGGUAUUUUGAUCUUAUGCAACGAGUUUACAAUAUUGAACCAAAGGUUGAACACUAUGGUUGCAUGGUUGAUCUUCUUGCCCGAGCUGGUUUGGUGAAAGAUUCAGAAGAACUUAUGAAAAAGAUGCCAAUGGAGGCAGGACCAGCCUUAUGGGGAUCCUUACUUUCAGCUUGUAGAACCCACUCAAAUUCAAAACUUGGGGAGAUUGUAGCCAAGCGGCUAAUUGAGUUGGAACCAACAGAUAUUGGACCCUAUGUGAUGUUGUCAAAUAUAUAUGCAUCAGAAGGGAAAUGGGCUGAUGUUGAACAUGUUAGGAAAAUGAUAGCAGAAAAUAGUUUAGAAAAGAAAGAAGGGAGAAGCACAGUCCACAUUGAAGAAGUUGGGUCUGAAUCUUCUCUGGAAAAUGGUUCACUUCAUAGAAGAAGCAUGAUGUACUCAAUGUUGAGUGAAAUGGGUGCUCAGAUGAAAUUUUCUCGUAGCAAUGCUCAUGAGUUAGAGAGUCUAAAUACUUAAUCAAGAGAAAAUGCUCUAUGAUAUUUCUUUGUGAGCUAGCCUUCAAGUAGAAUAUGGAUGUAUACAGAACUUUUGGAGAGAGAAAAUAUUGAGUAGGCUAGACCAUAUAAAGGAAGUCAGUGUUGGUAGGAGAAAAUAAUAAAAUAUAUAUGCAUUCGAGACAGAAAAUUUGGAUGCAUAUCCAGCAGAGUGAUGGCAAAACAAAUAAACCAGUAUCAGUUUAUUAAGAAAACUUCGUGGCCAUGUACAUAAAACAUGUGUUGUUUUUUAAACUUUGUAGCUCAUAUUUGCUACUGGCAAUUUUAUCUGCAUUUCCCUGACCAAGUCGAUCUACUGUGAAAAAAAUAAUUUAUCAUUGUAUUUGGCUCAGCUUGUCGGGUAUCUUUGCUGUAUAUUAACGACAGUUAAUAUAACUAUGAAUUUUCUCUUUA